CAGCGCACCUGUCCUCCCGCGCUGCUCCACCCCUUCCCACUCCUCCCAUUUGCAAGUCCCAGUACCAGGUUUUCAAAACCGCCUUCACGCAGUCCACAGAUAAAAUACCGGCCUCCUCCUCCCUUUCCCCCUCCGAUUCCCGCGCCCGCCCCUACGCUGCCAAAAGCGGGGGACACCGCCCGUCCCCCUCCCCGUCCGGGUCUCCACAAGCGCACCUGCGCGCGCGCGCCCGGCUUCCGUUGCGCAGCAGGGCAGCUGGGCAGGGCAGGGCAGGUCGCCAUUUAGUCCUCUGCGCUUUUUGGCGUUGGUUCUUCUUGCACAACUCUUCUGCUGGAUUCCAGCUCUGUUUUUCUUUCUCCUGUCCUGCUGGUCAGUCAAAUAUAUCCUCCUGGUCCUGGGUAGCUUUUGGGUUCCGGCGCCUUGCCGUUCGCAGUUUGUGUUCUUGGUCAUCUGAUCUGGGUGGUAUUAAUCUGGAGACCCAGUCACUCGGUCGGGACGAGAUCAAUAAAAAGGAAGAAAGAAGCAGCGCGGCAAGCCGGCGGCGUCGCGAAGCUUAAGAUCAGAGACACCGUUGGUUGGGCGUUGCUUCAGAUAUAAUCUACAAGACCAAGCUCAGAUUCCAUCAGUCGGUACGUACGUCGGAACAGCCUCACUUCGCUCGCUGCUGCGCGUUAGAUGCCGGUUGCUUCGUCGCUAAUGGCGAUGGAGUUGGAGACGGACCAACUCGCCUGGGCGGAGCAGCAGCGGCAGCAGAAUAGGAGGCAGACCAUGGUCGUCUGCAGAAAGAGCGACGCAGCGGUGGCCAAAGGGCAGCAGCGUCAGAACGCUUCGCCGCCGUCGCCCAAGCCUCCGCCCGCGGGCGGGCUCAGCGCGGAGGCGUUCUUGGUUCUGGCGUGCGUCGCCGUGUCGCUCAUCGUGCUGCCGCUGGUCCUGCCGCCGCUGUCGCCCCCGCCGCCUCUGCUGCUGCUGGUGCCGGUGUGCCUGCUCCUGCUCCUCGCCGCGCUCGCCACCUUCGUGCCGUCGGAUGUCAGGAGCAUGCCAUCCUCCAACUUGUAACUACUAGUUGUUUUGCUAGUCAAUAUCCAUAAAUUCUUUUUGUUCAAGUCGGCAUUUAUGUCUGUGCAUAUGGCAUAAAAUGAGUGUAAUGAAAUGGAAAUCUUGUCUU